UGUAGGCAAAAAUGAUGGAGAAAUAUCCUUGCCACUACUCAAGCACAGCUCUCAUGUGUGUAAUGGGAGCAAUCCAAUCUGUUGUUUUUGCCCUGUGCUUGGAGAGGGAUUGGAGCCAAUGGAAGUUGGGCUGGAAUAUCAGGCUACUCACAGUGGCUUACUCGGUAUAUUAUAUACAGCUUAUAAUAUUUGAUACAUGCAUGGAUAUUUGUACUUGCAUGCAAGGAAUCUUUGGGUCUGGAGUUGUGGUGACCUUAUUGACAUGGUGUCUGCACAUGAGGGGCCCUUUAUAUGUAUCCAGCUUCAACCCUCUAAUGCCCGUUUCGGUUGCCAUCAUGGGGUCCUUACUACUGGACGAAAAGUUGCACCUUGGAAGCAUUAUAGGAGCCAUGAUGAUUGUGUUCGGAUUAUACUCGGUGCUGUGGGGUAAAUACAAAGAGAUGAUCAUGAAGAAGAAUAUGGUUAUAAGUACGUCUCAUGCGUGAUCAGAUCAUAGCACCCUGAAAAUUAAAGCUCCUGAUCAGAACGAACAUUCCGAUCGAUCGAUCGCAACUCGUCGGAAAAAGGGACAGAAAGAAAGCAAAGAAAUACAUGAGAA